AUGGAGAUGUCAAAAUUAAAACGGUGUUUUUACUUCAUUGUAACUAAUAAGACUAUUGUUUCACAUGCAGAAGAGAAGAACGUGGAGGAAGAGGGUGUUGGGGACCAGAAGAACUCUCGCGGAUACAAAGGUGGCUACUCUGGUGGCGGAACGAACGGCGGCUAUCCUAGUGUUGGAUACGACUGUGGCUAUCCCCGUGGCGGUGGUGGAAACCACGGAGGUUAUCAUGGUGGUGGUGGUGGUGGAAAGAAAGGCGGCUAUCCUGGUGGUGGUGGUGGUGGUGGAAAGAAAGGCGGCUAUCCUGGCGGCGGUGGAAACAACGGCGGCGAUCCUAGCGGCGGUGGUGGUGGAAACAACAGUGGCUAUCCUGGCGGUGGUGGUCGUGGAAAUAAAGGCGGCGAUCCUAGCGGUGGUGGCAGUGGAAACAAGGGGGGCGAUCUUGGCAGUGGUGGUGGUGGAAACAAAGGCAGCGGUGGUGCUGGAAACAACGGCGGCUAUCCUGGCGGCAGCGGUGGUGGAAACAAAGGCGGCGAUCCUGGCGGCGGUAGUGGUGGAAACAAAGGCGGCGAUCUUGGCAGCGGUGGUGGUGGAAACAAUGGUGGCGAUCCUGGCGGCGGCGGCGGUGGAAACAAAGGCGGCGAUCCUAGUAGUGGUGGUGGUGGAAACAACGGCGGCUAUUCUGGUAGAGGUGGUCGUGGAAAUAAUGGCGGCUAUCCUAGCAGCGGCGGCGGUGGAAACAACGGCGGCUAUCCCGGUGGUGGUGGUGGUGGCGGCAGCGAUCCUGGCGGUGGUGGUGGUGGAAACAAGGGGGGCGAUCCUGGCGGCGGUGGUGGUGGAAACAAGGGCGGCGGUGGUGCUGGAAACAACGGGGGCGAUCUUGGCGGCGGCGGCGGUGGAAACAAAGGCGGCGAUCCUAGCGGUAGUGGUGGUGGAAACAAAGGCGGCGAUCCUGGAGGCGGUGGUGGUGAAAAUAACGGCGGCGAUCCUAGCAGCGGUGGUGGUGGAAACAACGGUGGCUAUCCUGGCGGCGGUGGUCGUGGAAAUAAAGGCGGCGAUCCUGGCGGUGGUGGCGGUGGAAACAAGGGGGGCGAUCCUGGCGGCGGUGGUGCUGGAAACAACGGUGGCUAUCCUGGCGGCGGCGGUGGUGGAAACAAAGGCGGUGAUCCUGGCGGCGGUGGUGGUGGAAACAAUGGUGGUGAUCCUGGCGGCGGUGGUCGUGGAAAUAAAGGCGGCGAUCCUGGCGGUGGUGGCGGUGGAAACAAGGGGGGCGAUCCUGGCGGCGGCAGCGGUGGAAACAAGGGGGGCGAUCCUGGCGGCGGUGGUGGUGGAAACAAUGGUGGUGAUCCUGGCAGCGGCGGUGGUGGAAACAACGGCCGCGAUCCUGGUGGUGGUGGUGGUGGAAACAACGGCGGCUAUCCUGGUAGUGGUGGUCGUGGAAAUAAUGGCGGCUAUCCUGGCGGCGGCGGCGGUGGAAAUAACGGCGGCUAUCCUGGUGGUGGUGGUGGAUACAACGGCGGCUAUCCUGGUGGUGGUGGUGGAUACAACGGCGGCUAUCCCGGUGGUGGUGGUGGCGGCGGCGGCGGCGGCGGUGGAAAAAACGGCGGCUAUCCUAGUAGUGGUGGUGGAAAGAAAGGUGGCGAUCCUAGUCAUGGUGGUGGUGGAAACAACGGCGGCUAUCCUGGCGGUGGCGGCGGUAGAAACAACGGCGGCGAUCCUGGUCGUGGUGGUGGUGGAAACAAUGGCGGCUCUCCUGGCGGUGGUGGUGGUGGAAAUAAAGGCGGCGAUCCUGGUCGUGGUGGUGGUGGAAACAAGGACGGUGAUCCUGGUGGCGGUGGUGGAAACAACGGCGGCGAUCCUGGCAGCGGUGGUGGUGGAAACAACGGCGGCGAUCCUGGCGGCGGCGGCGGUGGAAACAAAGGCGGCGAUCCUGGCGGUGGUGGUGGUGGAAACAAAGGCGGUGAUCCUGGUGGCGGCGGUGGAAACAACGGCGGCGAUCCUGGUGGUGGUGGUGGUAGAAACAACGGCGGCUAUUUCGGUGGUGGCGGCGGCGGUGGCGGCGGCGGUGGCGGUGGUGGUGGCGGUGGUGGCGGCGGCGGUGGUGGCGGCGGCGGUGGUGGAUACAAUGGCCGCUAUCCUGACAAUGGUGGAUACAACGAUGACUAUUCUAGAGGUGGGUGUUAUGGUGGUGGUGGAUACAAUGGCGGUGACCCUAGAGGAAAAGGAUAUCUCGGAGGUGGUUAUCCAGAGUAUGGCGGUGGCAAUUGCUAG